CAUGAGUAUACAAGAGACGCCACUGUAUAAACAAAAUCAAAAGUUCGUACCAUCAGCAUGCCCAAAUUGAAAGCGGCACUCGCCUCUCAACAACAUUCUGUCGCCAAACUCGCCGCUAGAAAACGGGCUCAGGCAGCCGAAGACGCAAAGCGCGCAAGUAUUAAGGCUAGUGUUGACGGUGUGAAAAAAGGCAAAAAGCGAGCCAAGGCGGCUGCAUCAAAGAUGGCCAAUGAGGCAAAAUCAGAAGGACUUGAGCAAAUUACGAAGAGUAAAGCCAAGAAAAAGCCCCCAACGAUCCCAUUCGACAAGCAGGAUACCAUCCUCCUUCUGGGCGAGGCAAACUUCUCCUUUUCUCUUUCUCUGCUUCGUGAACCACAUAACCUUCCAGCGCAUCAAAUUCUCGCCACGGUCUAUGACAGCGAAAGGACCACAUUGGAAAAAUACCCCGACGCAGCGGAAAACAUCCGACUAUUGAAAGAAGAGGGGGUGAGAGUUGAGUUUGGAGUUGACGCCGGUGCUUUGGAGAAGUGCAAGGCGGUCGGGAAAGGUAGAAGAUGGAGCAGAGUGAUAUUCAACUUCCCCCAUGUUGGCGCUGGUAUAACUGACCAAGACCGGAAUAUUCUUACCAACCAACAUAUGCUGCUCAAGUUUUUCCGCUCUGUCGAACCCCUUCUUACCGAAGGUCCGACUCACAUACCUAUACCACAAAGCUCAUCCUCAAAGAGCAAUAGCAAAGAUAAGCAAAAGAGAAAGCAAAAGAAACCAUCGUCCGAUGAUGAGGCCGCUCCUGAACCUGAAGAUGAAGAGGAGGACUUCUUUUUCAACGAUGAUCCCACCUUUACCAACCCCAAGAUCGUUGUCCCUAAAGAGUUCACACCUCCCAAACGAGCCGGUACGGUACUUAUCACCAUCCUCUCCUGCCCUCCAUACACUCUCUGGUGUCUCCCACAACUUGCGGCGCGACCACCUCCCAUAUGCCCUGGAACCAAUCUUCCUCAACCUCGGUACACGCUGUUGAGGUCCUUUGAGUUUAGACCUGAAAUCUACGAGGGAUAUGCGCAUAGGCGAACUAUCGGGUGGAAGGAGGGCUUGAGUAAGAGUGAGAAUGAGGAAAUUCUAGGGAGGAAGGGCAUGCCUAGAACGUAUGAAUUUGUUAGGACUACCAACACAAAGGGUGACUAGUAUUUGUAUGUCAGUAUUCAACAUAUAUAUUUGAUUUCUGCUAGAUGAUUCGGUCGCGGUGAAUAAAAGUAAUAAGCGGUGUGCAGCGGUCGCAUUAUAUGUAUCAUUCGCUUC